AUGUUCGUCAUUAAGCGUGACGGCCGCAAGGAGACGGUGCACUUCGACAAGAUUACCGCAAGACUGAAGAAGCUGAGCUAUGGGCUCAAUCCGGACUUCUGCGAUCCGGUUGUCGUUGCUCAGAAGGUCUGCAUGGGUGUGUACAAGGGCGUCACUACCUCGCAGCUUGACGAGCUCGCUGCUGAGACCGCUGCUGCAAUGACAAUCAAGGAUAUGUAUUAUCAUGUGAACAAGGAGACGGGCCAGGACUCUCCUCUGGUCAGCGAAAUGGCUUACAACAUCAUCAUGGAGAAUGCGGAUAUCCUCGACAGCGAGAUUAUUUACGACCGUGACUUCGAGUACGACUACUUCGGCUUCAAGACUCUGGAGCGAUCCUAUCUUCUUCGUGUCAAUGGCAGGGUCGUGGAGAGGCCGCAGCACAUGCUGAUGCGUGUGGCCGUGGGCAUCCAUGAGCGCGACAUCGAAGCCGCCAUUGACACGUACCACCUCAUGUCGCAGCGCUGGUUCACGCACGCCUCGCCCACGCUCUUCAACGCCGCCACGCCGCGCCCGCAGCUCAGCAGCUGCUUCCUCGUCUGCAUGAAGGACGACUCCAUCGAGGGAAUUUAUGACACUCUUAAGGAGUGCGCCGUUAUUAGCAAGUCUGCGGGUGGCGUCGGUCUUGCGAUUCACUGCAUCCGCGCCGCUAACAGCUACAUCCGCGGCACUAACGGGACGUCCAAUGGCAUUGUGCCGAUGCUGCGCGUGUUCAACAACACGGCGAGAUACGUGGAUCAGGGCGGCGGCAAGCGCAAGGGCGCGUUCGCCAUAUACCUGGAGCCGUGGCACGCCGACGUGUUCGAGUGGCUCGACCUGAGGAAGAACCACGGCAAGGAGGAGAACCGUGCGCGCGACCUGUUCUACGGGCUGUGGGUGCCGGACCUGUUCAUGCAGCGCGUGCAGGAGAACGGCCCCUGGUCGCUCUUCUGCCCCAACGAGGCCCCCGGGCUUGCUGACUGCUGGGGCGACAAGUUCGUGGAGCUCUACACCAAGUACGAGAGUGAGGGCCGAGCCCGCCGCGUGCUUCCCGCACAGAAGCUCUGGUUCGCGAUCCUGGAGGCCCAGAUCGAGACUGGCAACCCGUACAUGCUCUUCAAGGAUUCGUGCAACCGCAAGAGCAACCAGCAGCACCUGGGCACCAUCAAGUGCAGCAACCUGUGCAGCGAGAUCGUGGAGUACUGCGCGCCCGACGAGACGGCCGUCUGCAACCUCGCCUCCAUCGCGCUGCCCCGCUACGUCCGCGAGCAGGGCUUGGCGGCGGACGUGAAGCUGAUCGGCAGCCGUAACCACGCGCAGCGGUACUUCGACUUUGAGAAGCUGGGGCAGGUGACGGAGGUGAUCACGCGCAACCUCAACAAGGUGAUCGACGUCAGCUACUACCCCACCGACUCGGCGCGCCUGUCGAACGAGCGCCACCGCCCCAUCGGCAUCGGCGUCCAGGGCCUGGCUGACGUGUUCAUCCUGCUCGGCAUGCCCUUCGACUCCGCCGAGGCGAACGCGCUGAACCGCGACAUAUUCGAGACGAUCUACUUCCACGCGCUCAAGGCGUCGUGCGACCUGGCGGAGACGCACGGCAAGUACCCCACGUACGACGGCAGCCCCAUGAGCAAGGGCCUGCUGCAGCCGGACAUGUGGGACGGCGUCCAGCUCACGCAGGAGCGCCACGACUGGGCGGCGCUGCGCGCGCGGAUUGCGCGCGUGGGGCUGCGCAACUCGCUGCUGCUUGCGCCCAUGCCCACCGCGUCCACGAGCCAGAUCCUUGGGAACAACGAGUGCUUCGAGCCGUACACGUCGAAUAUCUACACCCGCCGCGUGCUCAGCGGUGAGUUCGUGGUGGUGAACAAGCAUCUGCUGAGCGACCUGACUGGCAUGGGCCUGUGGACGCCCGCGCUCAAGAACGAGCUCAUCUACCACAACGGCUCCGUUGAGGGCAUCGCCGCCAUUCCCAACCACCUCAAACCGAUCUACAAGACGGUUUGGGAGAUCAAGCAGCGUGCAGUGGUGGACCUGGCUGCGACGAGGGGCGCGUUCAUAGACCAGAGCCAGAGCCUCAACAUUCACCUGGACACGCCCAACUUCGGCAAGCUCACCUCGCUGCACUUCUACGCCUGGGUCUCAAGACGGGCAUGUACUACCUGCGAACUCGCAGUGCUGCAGACGCCAUCAAGUUCACUGUCGACGCCUCAGCAGUGCAGGUCAGCUGCUGCUGCUGCUGCUGCUGCUGCUGCUGCUGCUGCUGCUGCUGCUGCUGCUGCUGCUGCUGCUGUUGCUGCUGCUGCUGCUGCUGCCGCACUGCUAUUUCCUUCUCUCCUACAUUUAUCGGGCUUUCUCCUGCUCAUCAAUCUCAUCUAUAUCAUUUAUUUCUGCAAUUGUCUCUCUGGUCAGGGGAGCAAGGUGCAGGUGCAGGCAGCGGGGCGGGAGGAGAAGGGGAAGCUGGACGUGGUGGUAUCGUCCAAGGCAGCAUCAGUGAACCUCGCAGCCAUGGUCUGCUCUCUUGAGAACCGCGACGAAUGCCUUGCCUGCGGCAGCUGA